AAAAGAUAAUAAACAAACUAAAUGGAAUUAUUGAAUUGUUGCAGCGACUGUUACAUGAGUCAUCACUGGACAUGAUUGAUAUUUAGCAAAACAAAGAAUCUGAGAAGUGUAUUCGAGUUUUAAUCGAAAAGUGGUUUGUUACUCACUGUUCUGACUGAAUCUCGCAUUAAGUUUUUUUGGCUCAAAUUGUUAUUAGAAUGUUCUAACCCACGGUAUUAUUGAAUAAUAUAAAGGUUUACCACCGAAUCUUUCUGGGAAUCGCUGUGAUUAGCAGUUGAUUAUGUGUGAAAAAUGAAUACGCCAGUACCAGCUCCACGUUUGGGUGGAGAAGUGAAGAAGCCGAUUCCUGCUCCAAGAACGAAAAUAAUGCCGAUGUCUAGCCAAAAGUCGGAUGAAUCUUCUUCAUCAAAAUCAUCCGAAGAAAACGUAAAAACUUUGUCUAGAACGGCAAGGCGUGUUAAAUCUUUUAGUUAUGCAUCUAAGCAGAUAGCAGGAGAAUUUGGAGGCUUAGUUCAAAAUAAGAUCGAAAGUACAAGGCAAAGUGUUAGAAGAUUAACAAGAACGUUCAGUAUUUCAAGUCAUCCUGAAGAAAGUGAAUCUGAAAAUGCAACCAGUGAAGAAAAAGAGGACAACAAUUUAGAUAUUUUCAAUUCAAUUAGAUUUGAUUCACCUAUUGUGCCAGCUAAAUCACCAGAAUAUACAAAUUGGGAGCCACCAAGAAAACGAGCCGAUGAAGUAUUGGGAGAACAUUUGUUCAAUUUAGCACCUCCUUCUUACCCACCUCCUUCUCUACCUGAUGAUUCACUAUACAAUGAAUUACCAGCAGUGCCUUCACCUGUUUCCACAGUACCUAGAAAACCAGUAUCUAUAGAGGAAACAUGCAAUAAGGAUAUUUAUGAAAGUGUUUAUCCUUUCAAAAGAAAUAAUCCAAACAAUGAAAGCAAGGAUUCUGCUUCUGUUUGUACAGAAGAUACUUCCCUCACACUAGAAACUAGCAGCGAGUUGAGUAGAUCUAGCUCUUGGAAAUUCUAUGAUUCAGUUGGUCAUUUGAAGCAAGAAGUUGAAGAAAAACUAACACUCACUCCAAUAAAAGUAGAGGAAUGUUCGAGACAACAACCAGAAAUAGACAGGAAUUCAAAUUUUAGUGUUGAUGUGAGGAAUUCGAUAUAUGAAAACUUUGUAUUGCCUAGACCUUCCCAAAGUAUAAUAUUUCAGUUUGAUCCUUUGCUGAAUGCAAGCUAUGCUGAUACAGAUGGCAAAAUAGAAGACUACAAAAUGCUGGAGGAGAUCCUUCAAGAGGAUCUUUAUGGCAACAUUUCCGCACACAGGACCAUUGACACCUGGAGCAUAUCAGAUUCGGAAGCUGAAGAAUUUGCCAACCCACCUUCGCCCCCCGUCAGAUUCGAUUCUCUCCAAGAGGAACCAGUGGCGUCAAACGCUAAAGAUGAAAGAUUGCGACCUGCUCCCGCACCUUCUGCGCUGAACCAUUUGAAGAAUGGCGGUGAGAGGAAGAGCUGGUUGAAGCAUGUCAAAGAUGUUGUUAUUGCUUCUUCCGAAAUUAUUAAAGGAAAACAUAAAGAAGGCUUAGUUCAAAGACCAAUGGUCAACAUGAAAAACUCUGCUUACAAAAAAGGGAUGCUUUACAAAGUACAAAAUGGACCUGUAGAAGAUCUAUUUGGAGAAUACAGCGGCAGAUGGUGUAUGCUAGAGAACGGCGUAUUUGUUUGUUACUCCAAUAAUUCUUGCGAAAAUAUAAAGGAACAUUUCCCUAUUGAUACAAUACUUAGUGUUGAAACUGUCAAACACCCUAAACUAAAAUUGAAGUCAGAUAAUUAUGAAUUACAUUGUUUCAAAAUAAACGCAUCAGGAAAAACCAGAGGGAGCCAUGUGUAUGGUUCAAGAAAUCUUUCUGAUAGAAGGUUAUGGAUGCAAACUAUAGCAGAGAGUCUCACUACCCGUUUUGGUACAAAGAUAACUUCAGAUUACACCAGAAUGGGUUGGACUUACGUGAGAGAAGGGGUGACUAGUAAGUGGAUGGGUGCUUGGCUCAUUCUUUCUGGAAGGAAUUUGAUGUACGCUGUAGAUGGCCAGCCCGUUAAAAAUUUAGAUUUAAGAAAAGCUAGAUGUAUUGCCUUGCAAGGGUACGAAGAUACGGAUCAAAAUCCGCAAACAAGUGACAAUAAAGGACCAAAUAUGUUAGUAGAUGCCUGCAAUUCUGUUGUAUACAUGAGGAUGUGGACCACCAGAGAAACAAAAAUUUGGUGCCAUUUGAUUCGAAUUGCCUCCUAUAAUAAUGGAGCAUGUCUACAUGAACAGCAACUGACUAAAAACGAUGUACCUGUAAUUGUGGAAAAAUGCAUCAAUUUUAUCUAUUUACAUGGGAGUAUGUCAAAAGGAAUUUAUAGGCAAUCCGGUGUUGGAUCUUUAGUUUCUGAGUUGUUGGCGAAAUUUGCUGAAAACGCUUGGGCAGUUCAAAUAACACAUGACAAGUUCAGCGAACAUGAUGUUGCAACUGCUUUAAAACGAUUUUUCAGAGAUUUACCUGAACCUUUAUUGGAAAUAUCCCAGAGGCAGUAUUUUUAUCAAGUUUCAUUGGUCAAAAAUCAAGAAGACCAAAUAAGAAUGUACAAAGCAGCUCUAGAUAAUCUACCAUCAAUUUCGUACAACACAGCAAAAAAACUUCUUGGACAUCUGCAUUUUAUAAGUAGCCAGUGUUCGAAAAAUUAUAUGAAUGUUGUUAAUCUUGCUGCGAUCUGGGGACCAACAUUAAUGCAUUUCGAGAAUGACAGUUCAAAUCCUACUCCAUCUGGAGCACACCAACAAGAUGUCAUGGUGGUGGCAGAUCUGAUAUCCCUCUAUAAGCACAUAUUUCCUGAAGAUCCAUCCGAAAUGGAACAAGAAAAAGUUAUGCUUCAGGUAUUGGAGAAACAUAUACAAUCGCCCCAAGGAACUGUGUCUAAAAAUGCUGGAGACUUUCGUUUGUGGAUAUAUCUAGGAGAUAAAGAAGGUCAAACUUUCAAUGUUGCAAUAGGACCCAACAAAACAGCCCUUGAAGUUUGUAAUGAACUCAGCUCGAAAGUGAACCUACAAGUCUACGAGAUAAUUCUUGAAGAAGUCGUAGUUGACGGUCAUUUGACAAGACCUAUUCAUCAUUCUGAAAAGAUUUUAGAAGUUGUUUUGAACUGGGGCUACUGGGAUGAAGGCGAUCGGAAAGAUAACUACAUUGUUAUCAGUAAUUUGGCGAAAUACGCCGAUUUUCUUGACACGAAAACACUUCUGAUAUCCGGCGAAAUGAAGUACGCUGAUUCCAAAACGAAAAAUCUCAAAAAUUUCACUUUUGAAUUUUCUAAUGGACGUCUGAGUUGCUGUAAAGACAAAACUUGUGAUAUAAAAUUAUCUUCGUGGAACAUCGAAGAUAUUUGUUGGUAUUGGGGUCAUGAACCUAAAAGAAAUCCUCAAUCAAAAUGGACUAUCACGUUUUUUCCCAAAACAGAAGUGCCUAAAAGAAGUAGAAAUCAGCCGUUUUUCGGUAAUAUCAUUGUUUGGCCAGAUGUCCAAGCAAGAGCCAAUUGGAUAGCUAUAAUGCUGAAAACAUUGUACCCAGAUGGUAUAACACAGCCUAUUCAUGUGAAUUUGUCUUCCUAAAAUGUGAUUUUAUUCCAGAUUUAGAAUUCGUAAUUUUAUAAGAGAGUUUUAUUUAUACACAUAUAUUUUUUAAGUAAUUUUAUAGAAAUUAAGAAUUUUAUAUAAAUUAAGAAAUGAAUUAAUUAUAGAUGAGUAAUUUUCAGAGAUGUAUAAUUUCAUAAGUGAACUUGCCAAAAUAUCCAUGUUUGUUUUAGUGAAAGUAGACACUUUUUUAUUAAUUAUACAAAUAAUGAAAUAAUUUAAUUGUUUGUCUACAUCAGAUCAUAUUGAAUAUUCGAAAUAAUUGUAACAAUUGAUUUCAAUCUAUGUCAUGUACUGAAAAUGAAGAAAAUUCAGGUAUUUUUAUACUGAUAUUCGAGUAAGAAAUAAAGUACGAAAUUCAA